UUCUUCAAUGGCAGUAAGACUGCACGGCGCCAGCAAAAUGCACAGCGGCUACCGGUAGACAACCGAUCCACCCAUUGUCAUCACUUGAAGCCCUUCUCACUAUCCACCCUCCUGGACAACGAAAGAGAGCAACAAAUCUAACUCAACUCUGUGCUCUAUAAAUUUCUAUUGCAUCCACUAUACUACGUUGUCUACUCGUUGCUUGAGCAUGAACAGCACUCCCUCUGAAGCAGAUAAUAAUGAGGAUGCCUCGACCGAGGAGGCUCCUCGCAGAGUCAGCGACGGAAGCAGUGGAAACAGUGAAAGCGGUUUUUCAAAGCCCUCCUUCUCGUUCGAGUCGGACGAAUUCAAGGCCACCAUAGAGCUCAUCCAUCCAGAACUGAAAGAAGAUUUGCUGCAUGCCUUGGCAACCGUUCCCGAAUUGGUCGCCACAGAGAGUCCCUUGGACCGCUAUGUGGCAGCCUCCCGUGUGGGUCACAACACCAACAUGCUCAAUGCGUGUCAACGUCUGGCUGGAUAUUGGCAAAUGCGCCGUCGCGUUUUUGCAGCGCAUGCCUACAAGCCGCUCACCAUGCUGCCAGGAGGGGCACUGUGUGGUGAACAAAACUUGGAAAUGAUUCAGACGGGAGCAUUCGUGUUGCUGCCCAAAGAUCAGAGUGGCAGAAGUGUCGUUAGUGGCAACACGUCCAAAAUGGCACCCCAACAUUCCUUUCCGCACUACCGAUUCGCCAAAGCUCGCAUGAUGUUUUAUCUGUUGCAUCUGGCAGCACUCAAUCCAGUCUCCCAGAGCAGUGGUGCCGUGUGGAUUUCUGUGAUUAACCAAAGUCCCACCAUGGAAGCGUUUUUGUUUACCAAGCGUGUCGCAAGAGCCAUGCCAGUGCGACGAUGGUUUACGCGGAUUGUCUUUCCUCCCCGUCGAUUUGGUGCAUUGGAAGCAUCCUUGCCGACGUUCUUUCUGCAGGGGUUGGGAAUUGGCACGUUGGUUCCCCGCAAUGCCGUCGACAUUGAAUUCUUUGGAGGAAGUUCCAAUGAAGAGAUUCUGCAAAAACUGCAAGCGGCGGGAUUUACCCGUCGUCGACUUCCCGUCUCGAUUGGCGGAGACUGGGAUGCCCAUGACGCUUGGAUCAAACGGCAAAUGAAAGAAGAUGAGGGAAUCUUUUUGACGCACGAAGAGAAGGAGGAACGAAAGAAAAAGGCCAUGGCAGAACAGUCUCGCAACAAACGAAAACGUCGAAAGGAAUGGGAAGACGAAUUACAACAGAAACACCAACAAUUGCAAAAAGACAACACGGCACUGCAAGAAGAAAACGAACGAUUGGAAGCCAUGCUGGCGCAUGCACAGGAAGAGGUGGCCUUUGUUACGACCAUGGAUCAGCUCACAACCACAAUGGAUGAUGAUGAUGAUGAACUCCCCAUUCCGCUUACGGAUGAUGAAUUCUAUUCCCCUGAUCAAGUACGGUUUGAAGAGGAUGUUUUGGACAGGUUGCUUCAAGCUUAGUAGUUGAGCUUCUUCUUCUUCUGAUCACUGCCGCUACACUAUCCUGACUAUAAUUUGCAUGCUACAUAAAUAAUGUCACACGGGUGUGCUGCUGCGUAUAGAGAAUUGCCUCGUCGCUCCCAUCUCCAACUGACCAGCACAACACAGCGAACAUUGAAGCAAGUGAACCCUACCCUAUAACACAACAGUGUCUUGGAUGAAUCGAAUCAGAUUCGAGAGUCGCUCUAUCAACGGUUCGGUUCGAUUCGAUUCCUUUCCCCACCCAGGCUAGAAGCAGGUGCAAGAACAACAACAAGCGACAACAACCACAGUGCUUCUCUUUUCAGCCUCCGCCCAUGACGGCUGUGCGACAGACCAAUGCGACACCUAAAGCUUCUUGGAAACAAUGUUUCGUUAAGUUUGCUAAAGCGAAGCUAAGCUAGUCUCUUCUUUCAACUUUACAGAAUAG